AUGACUGUAGAGCAAUACUCUGCCAGAUUCAUGGAGCUAGCUCGGUUUGCAGCCAAUCUUAUCCUUGACGAAGAAAUGAAAGCAGAACGAUUCAAGAAUGGCCUCAACCCUCGCAUCAGAGAAAAGAAACAUUCGAAACAACCGAUGAUGCGCCCCGUCAAGAGGCAGGCUGUUGGAAGUGGCUCCAAGCCUACCCUGGGAAAGAAUUUUUCGAAUCAGAAGGCCGUCAAUAGCAAAUGCGCAAGGACGCACAUAGGGGAUUGUAAGCAAGGAGCAUCCACAUGUUUUAGAUGUGGUAAGCCUGGGCAUUUUCUGAAGGACUGUCCUAUGAAUACUGCGGGAGGAGCGAAACUUCAAGGAAGCGGAACUCAAGCGCGGGUGUAUUCUUUUAUGCCCGGAGGAGAAGAAGGAGUCGAAGGUGACGAAGAGGAUGCGGAUGUGGUAACAGGUACCAUUCCUCUAUUUGGUAAAGUAGCGAGUACUCUUUUUGAUUCAGGUGCAAAGCAUUCCUUCAUAUCAUCUACAUACGUUAAAUUGUGUAGCAUGACUCCUCAACCCUUGAACCAAAACAUAACUGUAUCCACACCUACUGGGAAUAUUGUUAUUUGUAGGAAAUCCAUUAAAAACUGCCCUAUCGUCAUAGGAGAUAGAAUCCUACCGGCAAAGCUAGCAGUAUUUCAAAUGUUAGGUUUUGAUGUAAUUCUAGGAAUGGACUGGUUGUCAAAGCACUAUGCCAAUAUUGACUGUAGGAAGAAAGAAGUCGUCUUUCGCUCUCCAGGCGAAGAGGAAUUCAAAUUUUGUGGAUCUCGAGUACGAGCCACUCCACCUCUUCUUUCUGCAAUUCAAGCAAGUCGGAACAUUAGCUGUGGUGCACAAGCAUUUUUAGCCUAUGUCAGGGCUGAGUCGGAAGGAGAACGUAAGCUGGAAGAUAUACCUGUAGUGCGCGAAUAUCCAGACGUUUUCGCUGAGAUCUCAACUGGGUUGCCACCUGAUCGAGAAAUCGAAAUUGAAGGAGCUGAAGAAGCAACUCGAAGACUUGGUAGACCAGGGUUUCAUUCGCCCUAG